AUGGAGCUCGUGGUGACGCUGCCGGCGGACGUCUUUCGCUGCCGGAUCUGCUUCGUCACCAAGGCUGCAGGCAGGCCAACUUUUGGCGAAUACAAGGACCACUCGGCCCUUCUUCGCCACUACAGGAGGCUGCACGACCCGGAAACGGUCCCCGUUUUCGAGUGCGCGUUUUGCGGCCGACGCGACCCGCAACUGAAGAAGCUGCGGACGCAUCAGCGGUCCUGCAAUGCAGAGUCCGCCACCCCCGGCGCUGCCAGUCGGGGGAGUACCCGCAGCAGCGUGGUGGGUUCACAGGCUGCCUUGCCCUCACCAUGUGUGAGUGUGCAGGCGUCGGUGACACCCAGGACGGCGGUGGUUGCUACCCCCGCGUCGUGCGUACUGUGUGUGCGCACGCCGAGGUGGUCUGGCAUCCCCCUGCUGAUACGCUCCGCGACGUCAACCGCGUCGCCACGAGUGCCGAGCGCAAGUUCGGGAGGUGAAGGCAGCACGCUGCCGACGCCUGCCGCCGAACGCGUCGCUCCGGCCAGAGGCGCAGUGUCUGGCAAAGGCCGCGGCUCGCCGCUGCCCGCGCCGGCCAUUGCACCCAGUGGCGUACGCUGGCCACGUCGUGCGGCUGCCGCAGGCACCUCCCGCCCGCCAUCUGUCGGGAGCGUGGGUACCGGCCUGGGACUGCCGCCCGCAUUCGCUACGCCGCCAACAGGUGGCUCUGCGAUGCGGGUGGACAGUGGCAGGCAGGCUGCCUCGCUCGCCGCGACCGGUGGUGUUGUUACUCACGGCGCAGCCGCGCCGCUGUUUGACGCACCAAAGGCCGCGAGCCCGGCGGAUGUACCGGACGGUGUGGUGCUUGUGCGGUCGCAGACGUAUACGCGCCGCGUUUCCUCUGCCCUGCCGGCGGCCACGUCGAGUGACGCCCGUCACUCCGUCUCCGCUCAGGCAGGGAGUGUUACUAACAAAACAGCUCUUGUUGCAGAUGAUGAGUGGCACAUAGUCACCCCCCGGAGGGACAAACGCCGUGCUACAGGUCGCAGACCGCCACCUCCUGACCGACGGCGCAUCAUACCGCCCAGUCCGCGUAACAGCGGCCCUGCGCGAGCCAACGCGUCUGGGCGGCCGGCGCGAGCUACACCUCGUCCGCGGUGCGCUGGGCCCGAGCGCCAGGCUGGCCCGAGCUACACCUCGUGUUUCUCGCGCCGGCGGCGGGGCGCGGGCGACCGCUGGGCCAUCUGUUGGCGGCGCGGCGAACAGCAGCCGCGGUGCGCCGGGCCCGAGCGCCAGGCCGGCGCGAGCUACACCUGGAGACGCCUGGCCGGCGCAGGCUACGCCGACAACCUCUGCGACCACUGCGCCAUCUGGUAG